GCGGGCCGGCGAGGGCCGCAGCAGCGGUGGCGGCGGCGCGGGCGCCCUUCGCGCCCGACGCCCGCCGCGCGCAGGCGCGGCCGCCAUGCCUCAGCCGGCGCCCUGCAGCUUCAAUGAGGCGUUCGAGCGCGUCCUUCUCGAUCGGACUGGCGUUAAGAUGACCAGGGGCAAGUUCGUCAAGGAGCACAUGGACAAGGAGCUGCAGCUGGCCCGGAAGGUCGAGGGCUUCGCCGUCGAGGGCGGCGCCAAGGACGAGCAGAUCGGCGGGACCUCGAUCGUGGAGGGAGCUCAGAAAGCGUGGAGCGCAGAUUCCGAGGAGCUGAUGGGGCUGGUGCGGCCCCUCGGCCCAAGGAACCCAAACUUGGCCUCGGAGGCGUUCCUGAAGCCGUUCUUCCGGGACCUGAACCUGUCGGGCGCGCGCGGCGCUCGGCGGAAGGU